GGGUGACGGAGCCGAGGAAAGAGAGAGAGAGAGAGAGAGAGAGAGAGAGAGAGAGGGUGGUUGUUAAAUUUAGACAGAAGCGACAGACUGCUGCAGCAGAGCGUUUGAAACCAUGACUAACAUUGCAAGGAUUAUUAAUAUCGGCAUUUAACAGGGAAACGCGGGAAAAUGGCAGAGAGGCUUGAAUGGGUGGAGAUCAUCGAGCCUCGAACCCGAGAGCGGAUGUACGCCAACCUGCUGACGGGGGAGUGCGUGUGGGACCCUCCCCUGGGGGUGCGGAUCAAGCGCACCAGCGACAACCAGUGGUGGGAGCUGUUUGACCCCAACACCUCGCGCUUCUAUUACUACAAUGCCUCCACGCAGCGCACCGUGUGGCACCGGCCCCAGAAUUGCGACAUCAUCCCCCUGGCCAAGCUGCAGACACUCAAGCAGAACACAGACUCAGCACGUGCCUCCGCGGAGAACAGCCCGGGCCGGAACAGCAACGUGAGCCGCGAGGGCAGCACCUCCUCCUCCCUGGAGCAGGAGCUGGAGGGGAAGGCGCUGCCCCAGGCACAGGCACAGACUCUGCAGCAGCAGCAGCAUACGUUGGGCAGAGACGAGCCUGACAGGACUUCUCCUUUCCGCUGGAACACAGGCACCAAAGAGCGAAUGUUAAUUAAGGUGACGGACCGUGAACCCAGCUUCCUGGCUCACCAGGGCAACGGCUACGAGGGUCCUGUGGGAGGAGGGGGCGGCACGCGGUCUCGGCGCUCCUCUGGAAACCAGCCCACACCUCCUGAGCCGGACAACUGCUCUGUCUUCUACCCUGAGCGCCGUCAGUCCCCUUUCCUGAAGCGGGUCGAGCUCGGGGGCGCCCCUAUGAUAGGUCGAGGGGACCCCUUCCAGCACCGCCUGGCCUCAGGCGACUCCCAGCCUCCCUCCCCCCGCUACGGCUAUGAGCCCCCGCUCUACGAAGAGCCCCCCUCCGAAUACCAGCCCCCCAUCUACGAGGAGCCCCCCACAGACAUGCACUGCGAGGCGUCCCACUACGGCAAGGCCUGCUCUCCGCCGCAAAAAUCCCCUGGCCGUAAGCCCCAGCUGCCCCUCUUUCACUCCCCGAAGCAGGGCUCCCACUCCCCCUACCAACAGCUGGUGCUCACCAAGCAGAAGUGCCCAGAGAAGUCCCUGAGCCUGGAGUACAGCCCAGCCGGCAAGGAGUACGUCAAGCAGCUGGUCUAUGUGGAGCAGUCCGGCUCCAGCCCGCGCUUCAAAACAGCUGACCGGCUGCACCGCUACCAGCCGUCCAACACCAUCGCCGGCUACGGGACCUCCUACACCCUGCAGCACAGCCAGUCCCUCAUCAGGGACCCCCGCACGACUGACCGCAACAACAGCAACCCGGGGGACCCCUGUGAGCUGCGACACCUGCUCUACGAUGACUCCAUGUCCUGGUCCAGCCAACAGGACACCCUCUCAUCCACAGGGGGCUUCUCUCCGGGCAGCCGCAAGCGCAAGAGCCGCAAGCCCUCUCUGCCCCAGGAGGUGCUGGCUCACUGCGGGGAGAGCGUGGGGGAGUGUGAGCCUGCAGGGGAAGGCACCAUGGACAGGCAACAGCAGCAGCAGCAGGGGGGAGGGGUGUCGGCCGCAGAGUCACCAAGGUCUGGUUACCCCGAAUCCUACCUGACCCAGGGCAGGCUGGCCUGGGAAGCCCAGCAGAUGCACCAGCUACGGCAGCGCAGUAGCUGGGACGCGGCCCAGCAGCAGGGGGCCCUGCAGAGCCAGCUGCAGCAGGGCGUCGGGGCCAAGGACGGGUACGAGAGCGAUGGUGCCGUGCCCCACCCCCUGCCCGGCCCAGUGGUCAGAGCUUUCAGUGAGGACGAGGCGCUGGCGCAGCAGGAUGGCCGGCACUGGAAAAGGAGCACCUUUGAAAGGCUGGGCUUCCCACAGGUCCUGCUGGAGAAGAGCGUCUCUGUGCAGACCAACCUGGCCUCUCCGGAGCCAUUCCUGCACCCCUCCCAGUCAGAGGAUCUGGGUGCCUGCGCUCAGUUCGAGUCCAGCAGGAAUGCCCGCAACAUGAAUGCGAGCGCCAGCUGCGUGUUCCCGGAGUUCACGCUGCGCAAGCCCUCCUCGGAGACAGACAUUGAGAACUGGGCAUCCAAGCACUUCAACAAGCACACGCAGGGGCUGUUCCGCCGCAAGGUCUCCAUCGCCAACAUGCUGGCCUGGAGCAGUGAACCCAUCAAGAAGCCCAUGAUCAUGACCUCCGACCGGGGUGUCAAGAAGGAGGCUGUGGAGAUCUUCAAGCUCAUCCAGAUGUACAUGGGAGACCGGCGGGCGAAGACGGACCAGCUGAACGUGGCUCUAGAGAUCGCCAUCAAGGGCUGGAGCGUGCAGGGGCUCAGGGACGAGCUGUACAUCCAGCUGUGCCGCCAGACCACAGAGAACUUCCGUUACGACAGCCUGUCGCGCGGCUGGGAGCUCAUGGCCAUCUGUCUGGCCUUCUUUCCACCCACGCCAAAGUUUCACUCCUACCUGGAGGGCUACAUCUAUCGGCACAUGGACCCCCUGAACGACACUAAAGUGAACCAGCACAUUAGAGAUCUCCUGGAGGCGAAAAUCAAGAGGAGGCAGAAACCGCGAAAGAGAGGCAGGCCCCACAGUGAGGAGACUGAGGGGGUUGCCAUCAGCACCUACGCCAAGUACUGCUACCGCAAGUUACAGAAAGCAGCUCUCACCGGGGCCAAAAAGGGUCUGCAGAAGCCCAACCUGGAGGAGAUCAAGCAUGCGAGGAACGCUAUAUUUUGCCCUUCGAUGUUCGGCAGCUCCCUGGAGGAAGUGAUGGUCAUGCAGAAGGAGCGCUAUCCAGAUCACCAGCUGCCCUGGGUGCAGACCAGACUCUCUGAGGAGGUGCUGGGGCUCAACGGGGACCAGACCGAAGGCAUCUUCAGAGUCCCUGGUGAUAUUGAUGAGGUGAAUGCUCUCAAGCUGCAAGUGGACCAAUGGAAUAUACCCACUGGACUGGAGGACCCUCACAUCCCAGCCUCGCUGCUGAAGCUGUGGUACCGGGAGCUGGAGGAGCCUCUGAUCCCUCAUGAGUAUUACGAUGAGUGCAUCACUCACUACGAGGACCCAGAGGCUGCAGUGCAAGUGGUGCACUCCCUGCCGGAGAUCAACAAGCUGGUGCUGUGCUACCUCAUCCGCUUCCUCCAGGUCUUCGGUCAGCCUGACAACGUGUCGAUCACCAAGAUGGACGUAAACAACCUGGCCAUGGUCAUGGCUCCCAACUGCCUGCGCUGCCAGUCCGACGACCCGCGCAUCAUCUUCGAGAACACGCGCAAGGAGAUGUCCUUCAUCCGAGUGCUUGUGCAGCACAUGGACACCAGCUUCAUGGACGGGUUGCUAUAGCACCAGGGAGCCCGGGGGGUUCAUAGAAAAAACACUACCAACAAACUAGCAAAUGGGAACAAACACACACACACACCGGACGGUGUUUGUACCAACUGAGCUGAUCUAACACAGAAAGGACUGGAAGAGGAACUGUUCAGUUUUGGGGUGGGGGGGGGGCUUUUCAUCCUUCAACAGCGUGCUGUGUAUCUUGUGCUCUAGGAUAGUCUGAUUUCUAUACUUCUGUGUGUCUGUCCGCCUUGAGUGUGCGUGUGUAAUAUUACAUAGAGAAUGCAAAGUGCCCCAAGUGAGAACUUACUAGACAGGCACAUCACGGCAAAUUGACUUAAACAAAUACAUUUAAAAAAUGAUUACAUUUCUUUAUUUGAAUGGUUUUCGUUUCUGUGCAAAAUCCACUGUUCUCAGUAAAUUAACAGGGUUGGUAUUUGUUAUUUUUUUUUCAGUGCAUUGUUUUAUACAGUAUGUUUAUUCUUAUUUUUUUUAUAUAAAUACCUUUAGCAGGGGACUGGUAAGGACUUAAAUAAUGUGCGUGUGUGUGUGGCUAUGUCUUUGUUUAUUGAUACAAAUGAGUAUAUCAAAUCAGGUUAUCCUUAAACUGAGAGCAGGAAAAAAAAAGUCCUUCUUUGAACAUGAAGGCCGUGCCAAAACUUGUGAAGCGGUCCUGGGGAUUUUCUGUGGAUAACACAGGGUUAAUAAGGGGACUGUUAAUUCCUCAUUAAAGCACUACCAAGACUGCCUGCGCUUCCCUCACCCUCCCUGGGAAUAAGUGAACAGACCGACCCUCAUCUGCCUUUCAGUGCUGUCCAGGACCUUGGCUAGCAGCAGCUACGAGUAAAUGAGCCUAACCUGCUCCAGCAACAACAAAAUAAAAGAUGUCCCCCUUGGAUCCAGCUAGUGCUCCCCAAAACCAAGCUGGGUGUCUUUAGCCGUGUGUAUAUUGUCAUGGUUUGGAGAAGUGUUCCAGGGUAUUUUGUAUACAUUGUAUUGAAUAUGCCUGUACAGGAUUUGCUGUACUAAAAACCAUUGUUUGCGCUAAAGAUUUGUUAGCCCCAACGCCAAAUACCAACCCCGCCCCCCCCAUCUGCUCAGUCAUAGCAAACCGUAUUGGAAACCGUGUUGAAAAUAGUUUCUUUUUUUUCGCCAACAGAAAUGAGAAAUCCCGUGAUUAAACAUUCCUGAGGCAGACGGCUGUAUAGCACCUUGCACCCGCAUGUAGUAUAGGUGUGUAACUAUGGAGGGUCAGUCAGACUCGGCGCGCUCUGGAGUUUUAAUUGUCAAAGUUACCCAUUUUUGUUUUUAAAGAAGAAAAUAUGUUUGUAUUUUUUUUACCUUUUGGUUACACCCUCAGGUGAUCAGCAUGUUGUAUUUGAAUUUCAAGGGAAGCUAUCUUUUUUUUUUAUAUGAAAAUUGUUGUGAAAGGUGCAGCAUCUCUUUUUACCAAGCAAACCUCGUCCAAACAGAUGCAGGUCAUUCCAUAAAUCCGCUGCUCCACAGGAAAGACCAAACUCCCAGACAGGGAAGCCAUUUUCAAGAAACUUUCAAAAUGGAUCCUUAUGUAUUCUUUUAAUGCAAUUACACAAUUAUAUAUUUAUCUUCCAAGUAGAAUUUAAUCAUAUCAAUUUGUUGCAUUUAUAUAGCGACUUUAAUACCAUACCGCUUUACAUGUCAGUUAAAACAGAACAGAUGCCGCAUCAAGAAAUAUAAAUAUAAAAUAACAUUAAAUAAUUAGAAUAAGGAUAUCAAUAACAACAAAUCAAAAUAUAACAAUAAAUGAAUAGCAAUGAUAGAUAAACCAAUGUAUAAAAACACAGAAAUAAGCAAAUACAAUAGAUAAAAACAGUUGCUUGUAAGUCAGGUUAAAAAGGCUAAACUUUAAAAGUAUGUCUUUAAACUUGACUUAAAAAUAUUGACCGACGCAGCAUCUCUAAAUAGAAAAGGGCAAGGAGUUCCACAGUCUGGGGGCAUUUGAACUGAAGUUCAUAACUUCAGUGUUACAAAUACAGUACAAUACAGUACAGUACAAAUACAGUUAAUUGUCUUCCCUGUGCCUCUUUAUUGGCACCAUUUUCCAAUAAGAGAGUUUCCUAUCAUGUGUUUCUAAUUCGGUAUAGGUCUGACAAGCCGGGUGUUGGACAUGAUCAGCACCCAGCUUGUCUGCUUACCCUCUUACACGUCCCCUGCUAUAUUCAGGUCAGGCUGUGUUUCAGCUGGCCAAUGAAUUGAAUACGAUGCAUGAAGCAGCAAAGCCUCCUCCUUUGUAAUGAAUAGCUUUCUAUGAUGUUUCAGUGAAGAGCACGAGUUGGCUUUGGUGAGUGCUGUAUUACAGUAUUGUGUGCGCUACUCAAAUAUAAACACGCAAACUGAAAAACCAUCAUCUCAACAGCGGCGUGUCCACACUGCCACCCUUUCACACUGCAUCAGUCCCCCAGUCUGGCUGGUCUGUCAGCCCCCUCAAUAGCAUCGCUGAAAACAAUAUACAAAUUGUGCAGAUUUACAUGGUGGCAUCUUUAAAGGAACUGUAGUAAAUCUCACCGGUUUUGCACUUGGCUACAUAGGUUUCAAAUGCGCAGUUUUUGAAAGAAGCACAGCUAUUUUCAUGUUAAAACAUCUGGUACUAUAUUAGGUUAAAGAAAGGAAAUCUGUCACACUUCUCAGGUCAUUUCACCUCUGUGUUAAGAUAACAAUACAUGCUUACUAAACCACAUGUGUCUUUUAAAAACUUCACAUUUGAGACCUAUAUCUUGUGACUGGGAGUACGCCACAGAUUAGAUCUGUGGAAUUAUUUUGUCAGCUCACUUUAAGGUCAGCUGCCAUUGGACUCCCUAGAAUUGAGGGGGUCCCUGUCCAUGUUUAUGCCUUAGGCAGAUCAUGUCUUUCUGUUGCAUCUUCCUAAUCCUGCCUGAUUUACUGUCUGACGGAGCGUGUGGCUUUUGCUACUGCAUUUUUCAUCCCACAGACUGUGUUGGGCUGUGCCAGUUUGUGCCCAGCAGGUGCUAAUGGUGACAGUGUCACAAUGCAGCUUUUAUAGAAAACCGCUUGUCAACUUCUGUCUUGCUUUAUCGCGUUGCAUUGCACCAGGAGGACAUGGAAACCAUGGGAAUUUUAAAAGGGAAAACCAACCACAGGCAUCAAGGAUUAUAGAUAUUUGCAGUGCACUGUAAUUACGCAUUCCCCUACACACACACAGACACACACACAGUAGCAGAGAGGGUUAAAUCCCAGUACAACCAGUUCUGAUUUACUGGCCUGUAUUUUUCCACUCCAUAGUAAAUGUAUAAAUUGAGCAAAUUGCUGUUUGUGGAAAACUGGGCCACUGUGUGAAAGGAUAACUCUAGAAGCGGGUCUCCAAAUAGCUUGCCCCCUUAGCCCCUAGUGGUACACUGAGGGAAAAGCAUGCCAGACCUGUACCUUGAAAACCGUUUUAUAACAUGUGUGGGUGUGUAAUAGUUUUCAUAUUGCAAUGGCCAGCUUGUAUCAGUGAUGUUACAAUAGCAGGUUUGCCAAGCUUUGAAUUCAGAAAACAAAUAUUAUUCUUUUGAUGAUGCCAAAAACUGAUUCUGAACCAAGGCUCGCCAAAAUGGUCUUCAGCAGCUAGGCUUGUGGCUAGUGACCUUGCUGAGCUCCAACUUUUAAUAACAAGUCUCAAUGAUGUAAAACCAAAACAAGACACGAAUUGGAAACUAAAUAGCAUGAAUGACAUGUGGGUAAGAGAAUAAUACAUGUUUAAGCUCUUUCCAUUCCAGCUUUAAGGUAUUCUCCAAUACAGUGGCCUAGUCCCAGUUCAAGCAUGGUCUCUUCCUCUGUGUCCUAUAACUUGGAUCUCAUACAGUAUAUAUAAAUACAUAUAUUAUACAUAUUUAUAUUUUUUCUCUCCUCAGCUCUGUUUUAUCUAGGGCAGCCUGUACCCUGUAAGUGUGGAGUCAGUGUACUCCUUUGUUUCACAUCCUGUCUCAAUAACAAAUCAAAUAAGCUGUACAGCCACGAUCAGUCAGAAACAAAACAGCACAUAGACUGUGAGUGCCCAAGCACUGUAUAGACAAUGUAGAAAAAAAGAUAAUAAUUGAAAGAUGUUUUUGGAAAGAAAGUUAAUUACACAGUGGCUCAGGUUUGUGUCCCUUUUGAAAUGAUAUGCAUACUACUGUCAUUAAACAGGUAAAACUUGAGUGGUUUAUGAAACAGUACAGAACCCCUGAGAUGCAGCCCAUAUUUUAUUUUUUACAUUACAUGGAUUUUAAAAAUGUGCUGUAUAAAGAUACAUUCCAUUCUGAAUGGAAUGUAUAUUUCCAGUUUCAUACUCGUUGCCAUCUCUUUUUGUAAUGCAUAAAUGACAAUAACUCAUGUUGAAUUCAGAAUAGUAUUAUGCUAAAUAGUAUUAUUAAAGUAACUUAUAAUUACUUUAUUUACAAUAUAUUUUUUUAUACUGAGAUUGUAAGAAGCAGUGGAUUGGCAUUUAAUCAGAGUCACUGUGUCAAAGAUCACUUGUGUUGUGUGACACUUCAUCGGUGGUGCUUGAUUGUAGAUUUGAACCGUAACUGCCUGGUUGAAAGUACAAUUGGGCCCAAAGGUGGCUUGCAUGCUGUGUGUAGUAGUGUACGAAUUAGUCUCCUGUUCUCUUGCUGCUGCUGUGCUGGGAGUUAGUUUGCUUGCUGAUGCUGUUGUCUCUAGGGAAGCAAAGUUGCUGGUGCUUGAACAGAUAUUGACAGCAUUGUGCUUGGUUCAUACUCACUGGUGUCUUUUUUAGUUACACAGAAAAGGAUAUUUGAAAGGUGUGUGUCAAGCUCGGACAGGGGUAUUUCUUUUGGAUUUCUGUGCUCUCCGGUCUCAGAUAAGAUGUUACCAGAGUUUGUGAGACAAAUGUUUUUUACUAGAGCUAAUCUUGAUUGACAAAGAAAGUUGUAUUG